UUAUUCUGGCUCCCAGCUACACCUUCGUUAAGGCAACAGAAAACACAUAGAUUUUAAGAAGACCCACACAAAGUAAACGAUACCCUGAACAGUCGAAUUCAAAGUUUUCCUCUUACACUGCCUUGGUGUGAAGCUCACAUCCCCUCAUACGAUGUUCCGAGUGGCUGUAAUCUGCCUCGCCCUCUCCUUCGGCCUCCUGCACGCGGAGGUUGAUGUUGAGGAGGAUGACAUUGAUAUCGAAGAUGAAGCUGAACUGCGGUCCAAGUUUGAGGAGUUCAAAGAGCAGUACAAGAAGACCUAUGACCAGAAGGAAGAGGAGAAAAGGUUCCAGAUCUUUGUGGAAAAUCUCAAGGCAGCCAAACGGAUGCAGGAGCAGGACAGAGGCACCGCGAUCUAUGGAAUCACCAAGUUCAGCGACAUGUCAGAUGAAGAAUUUGGUGGUUUUUACCUCAACCCAGUGAUCAGUAAUAACAACGACACUUGGCCAGAGGAGAUGCUUUCAGCAGAGGUGGCUGAGCCGCUGACAAACAUGUCUCUGCCCCGUUGCUUUGACUGGAGGAAGCUGGGAGCAGUGACCGAAGUGAAAAAUCAGAGGCGGUGUGGAAGCUGUUGGGCUUUUGGGACUGUGGCCAAUAUUGAGUCACUGCUGUACAUAAAAACACAUAAACUGAUUACACUGUCGGAGCAAGAGCUGCUCGAUUGUGACCAUUGGGACAAGGGCUGCAAAGGGGGUUACCCAUUCAAUGCUUUCAACUCGAUUUGCCACCUCGGGGGAAUGAUGAGUUCAAGGGACUACAGAUAUAAAGGCAGACAGCAUUCCUCUUGCCAUUUCAAAAGCACCAGAGUUGUUAUGAAAAUUCGGACAUAUCAUUUCAUCCAGUCACAUGAAGUUGAAAUGCAAAGAUGGAUAGCUCAUAGAGGCCCAAUUGUAGUUACCAUGAAUGCAAGCGCCUUGAAGAUAUACAAGAGAGGGAUACUUAGACCUCGUAUUGGUUAUUGCAGCUGUAACAAAUUGGACCAUGUGGCGCUCAUUACAGGCUACGGAGUAGCACGAGGUAAACCAUAUUGGGUCGUCAAGAACAGCUGGGGUAAAAAGUGGGGAGAGCAGGGGUACUUCCGUAUCUACCGCGGAGAGAACGCUUGCGGAAUCAGCAGGUUCCCCGUCACCGCUACCAUCUAAUAAGAAGAUCUGGCAAGUCGCACGGAGAGACACGGGCAAUUCUACCGCACGCAGCCCUUCAGAAGGAGGGAGCUCAGAUUCUCAGCUUACCGCAGCUUCGGUGCUCAAAAGGGGAUCCCCCCAGACCCCCCCACCCC